UCCUCCCCAGCCUGCUGCUGUUUGGCUUAUCAGCGCUGCUGCUGCUGCUGGAUGCUGCACGGCGGCGCAGUCCGGAUCCAACUGAGGAUUUAAGGAUGGAAACGUGAGGAUAGUGCGACUGCUGGAAGCCAGUUGCUUGGAAAGGAAUAACCCAGAAGAACACAAGUAAACACUCAUAAUGUUCAUCUGAUCCAUUACUUCAGCUCCACCAAGAGACACCGCUGCCUGCCUUUCAGGGGACCGUGAAGUCGCUAUAACAGGAUUUUACUGAUCCGCGUCAAUUCGGAUCAGGUUUUGCCGGCGUCUUUCUUAACUUACCUGGCAUGAUGAUUUCUGCUUAUUUCUCACCGUGAGCGGCAGCGCACAGGCGGGAAGAGCUGAUUUACAUUCCAAAGUUUGCAUCUUCCCAUGCUGGGAUUUUCCGAGAAGAUGCCGAUUGGAGAUGAACGCGUGUUGUUUCGCGCAUUUAAUUCUGGAUGAAUGUUAUCUGUGUGAUCACAGCCACUUUAGCAGUCAAGUGCGUGUCUAAAUUCUCAAAGUAGCUGCCUGCCAUGCUGACACAUGCUCAAGUGGGAGCCGUGUACACAUGAGAAGGACUCACCGGGUGUUUUGUUGGGGGAAAGUUUGUAAUUGGGACGCGGCGGAAGAUGACAACAACACAGCUUUUUUGGUGUCCCUGAGCACGCUGAGCUCGUUGAUUUACGCGUGGUGUUAAUGUAGACUAAGGCGAUUUGUGAAUGGAAAUGUGAUUCGCCAUUCAGGCGCUAAUGGAGAAUGUGUUUGCAAACUGUGGACCUCUGCUCUGGCUGGAGGGGAGAACGGCGGACACCUCGAUCCCUUCUUGGAACCACAGGUGUUCCUCGUGAACAGUGACCUCAAAUCCCAAAAUGCCGAACUGUGGAUAGAGAGCUGACCUGUAUCUACCUCCCUGUGACCCCUCUCCUCAUCAUUUCCUUGUCAUCAUCCUCCCAUUUUCCCUCCUUACCUUUCCUUCUUCAGCUCUAUGCUUCUCCUCUUCAACCCUUCGUCAAAACUUUGACCAUCUUUUUCUUCUACAUCAUUUUCUACACCUCUCAUUGCUUCUCCCUUCUCCUUGUAUUUUGACGUCUUCAUUCUCUCUCUCUCCUCUUCCACCCCAAAGACCCACCACCUCCUUCUUUUCCUCCCCCCCGCAGCACACAUGCAGGCCAAGAAGCGGUACCUGCUUGUGUCUGUGGGGGCCGGUCUUCUCUUCCUCAUCUACCUGUGGGCUCUGCAAAUUGGAGAGUUCCAGCAGCAGCCGUACCACUAUCCCCAGUUACCCCAACAUCACCAGUACCACCAGCCGGAGCAUCAGUACUAUCAUCAGAAGCAGAACUUGUACCAACCCCAACCUCUGCCCCAGAGACACCCAUCCAGACCGGUUAAACACUGGCCGGAGUCGACUGAGCUGCUGGAGCCGUAUCUGGAGGGAGGAGAGCAGGAGGAGGACAGCCCUCAGCUCCAUCACCAGCACACCUCUCCUCGGGAACGACGCGCGAUUCGUGACAACAUUUACAAGUACAAGCGCUGCCGCAUGGAAACCUGCUUUGACUUUACUCGCUGCCAGUCAGGCUUCAAGGUUUACAUCUACCCUCCACAAAGAGGGGAUGAGAUCUCGGAGACCUACCAAAAGAUCCUGACCUCCAUUGAGGAGUCCCGUUUCCAUACCAAGGACCCUCUGCAGGCCUGUCUGUUCAUUCUGGCUUUGGACACAUUGGACAGGGACCAGCUUUCAGCUCAGUACGUCCAGAACGUCAGAUCCCGGAUCCACAGCCUACCAAUGUGGAACGAUGGCAGGAACCACCUAAUUUUCAACCUGUACUCUGGAACAUGGCCAGACUACACAGAGGAUCUGGGAUUUGAGGUCGGCCAGGCCAUGCUAGCCAAGGCCAGUGCAGAUGUAGUCAACUUCCGACCCAACUUUGAUAUUUCCAUCCCUCUGUUCUCCAAGGAUCAUCCGCUUAAAGGAGGGGGAACAGGCUACCUGACGCUGAAUGAUGCGCCGCCUUCCAGGAAGUACCAGCUGGUUUUUAAGGGGAAGCGGUACCUAACUGGCAUAGGUUCAGAGACGAGGAAUGCUCUUUAUCACAUCCAUAAUGGGGAAGAUAUUAUUCUACUGACCACAUGUAAGCAUGGAAAAGACUGGGAGAAACACAAGGACUCUCGAUGUGACAGAGAUAAUGAAGACUACACAAAGUUCGACUACCAGGAGCUGCUUCACAACUCCAGCUUCUGCCUGGUGCCGCGGGGACGACGUCUGGGAUCCUUUCGCUUCCUGGAGGCAUUACAGGCUGCCUGUAUUCCGGUUAUCCUGAGUAACGGCUGGGAGCUUCCCUUCUCUGAAGUGAUCGACUGGAGGAAAGCUGCCGUCAUUGGAGAUGAGAGGCUGCUGUUACAGGUUCCCUCCAUUACCCGAUCUUUGGGCCGUGACAGGAUCUUGGCUCUCCGCCAGCAGACUCAGUUCCUCUGGGACGCCUACUUCUCUUCUGUAGCCAAAAUAGUCUUAACGACUCUGGAGAUCAUUCAAGACCGUGUGGAGUCUCAUGUGUCUAGAAACUGGUUGCUGUGGAAUUUCUUGCCUGGAGGUCUCUACGCACUCCCACAACACUCCUCUGACCCCGCUCAGUUUCCUUUUUACUAUGCCAUACUGGGUAAGAGUCCAUCGCAGCAGUUCACAGCUGUGAUCCAUACGGUAACUCCUCUGCUGUCCCAGAUCUCCCCCGUGGUGAAGCUCAUCAUCGCUGUAGCCAAGUCCAAGUUCUGUGCACAGAUUGUGGUUUUAUGGAACUGUGACAAGCCUUUGCCUCCUAGAAGCAAGUGGCCCUCCACCAGCGUGCCUCUCACUAUCAUUGAAGGACAGACAAAGACGAUGAGCAGUCGUUUUUUUCCUCACAACGUCAUCGCUACUGAUGCUGUUCUCAGCCUGGAUGAAGACUCUGUUCUCUCAACCAAUGAGGUGGAUUUUGCCUUCAUCGUAUGGCAAAGUUUUCCAGAGCGCAUUGUUGGUUAUCCAGCAAGGAGCCACUACUGGGAUAGUUCCAGAUCACGCUGGGGCUACACCUCCAAAUGGACCAAUGAUUAUUCCAUGGUCCUUACAGGAGCAGCUUUCUACCACAGAUACUACCACUAUCUGUUCACCCAUUACAUCCCAGCCAGCCUGUUGACUAAGGUGGACCACAUGGCUAACUGUGAAGACAUCCUGAUGAACUUCCUGGUUUCAGCUGUCACCAAGCAACCUCCAAUCAAAGUUACACAGAAGAAGCAGUACAAGGAAACUAUGAUGACCCAGGACGCCAAGUCAUCCCGCUGGGCCGACCCGGACCACUUUGCACAGCGACAGACUUGCAUGAACACCUUCAGUCAGUGGUUGGGUUUCAUGCCCUUAGUGCACUCUCAAAUGAGGCUGGACCCAGUGCUGUUCAGAGACCAGGUUUCCAUCCUGAGAAAGAAGUACAGGGACAUUGAAAGGCUGUGAAUGCAGGUGAAUAAACACAAGUCAGUGGGGCAAGAGGGGUGCUGGAGUGUUCCUGGGUUUCUUGUUCAAGGGGACAUUUAUAAGACAAAAAUACUCUCACACCCUGCAAUUGCUAUAAUUGCUAUAACACUAAGGUAUGUGAAGACCAUUAAACUGAUUCUUUCUGGAAAAAAAAGAUGUUGUAAGCAGUGGACAACUAAACAUACAAAUGUGCCAUCUGCGAGUAGAUAUUACUGAUAAGCCACAACAUUAAAACCAUCUGCCCAAUCUGUCCAUCUUGUGCAACCAAAACAGCUGGACAGUGACCUGCAUAAUCUAGGUUGAAACCUUUUUGCUCUUUGCUGUGUUCUUUGUGCUGUUAAGGGUAUUUUUCCCAGCAUGAGAGGGCACUCUGAACCACUGAAGGAAGCUAAAAGUACCAUUUAUUCAGGGUGGUGUUUGCCCACUACAACACUGUAAGUUUGUGUAUGCAGUACAAGUCAAAGUAGCAUACACAUGGUUUCCUACCAGAACACUGCAGUCUAGAUCAAUAUUUUUCACUUUAUCUGUCAGUGGUUUUAAUCUAGUGGCUGAUCAGUGUACCUGAACGCAUGGAAAUACAUGCAACAAAGAACUAGAAACACUCUAGCCAGCCCUGACCACAGAGAUGCAGUGUGUGUUGCAUGGUUUGAACAAGGCAGCUGAGCUGUGCGGAACCUGAAAAAUAAUGUCUGAAAAAAAUACAAAAAUGACUAUUAUUGUAACUUAGUGUUUCCCAAUCCA